AUGCAGCAGCAGCAGCGGCAAAAGAUGAGGCCGCCUGCUGUGCCGCUGCAGCAGCUUUGCUGCACCGAAGCCUCCUUGGGCUGCUGCACAGGCGGCAGUGACCGCAGCAGCAGCAGCAGCAACAGCAGCAGCAGCAGCGGGGAGAUGGGUGAGAUCCUGGUGCUGCACAAGGGCUCAUGUGGGCAGCUGCGGAGACAUGAAGCGCUGCAGGGGCUUGUGCUGCAGCAGCUUUCUUCAGGUGUACAUGCAGCUGCUGCUGCCUUUGAGGUCCCCUGUCCCCUUCGGCUGAGGCGUCGUCUGCUGCAGGCUGCAGCUGCGCUGCAGCAGCAGCACCAGCAGCAGCAGCAGCAGGAGCAACAGGAGGAGCACAAUGAGACGGAGAGCGACACUGGUGCUUCAGGAGCAGCAGCAGCAGCACCGACCGAUGAAGAAGCAGCGGCAGCAGCAGACGAGGCAGAAACCCUCACCCAGCCGCACACAGUAGCAGACUGCAACACAGUUGCUGCUGCUCCUGCUGCUGUUGCUGCUCCUGCUGCUGCUGCUCCUUCUGCUCCUAGCAGCACAUGCGAAGCGACUCAGUGCAUCUGUUUUUUCGGUGCUAGCAGCAGCAGCAGCAGCAGCAGGGGAACAACCAAAGACUGCAAGUGCUGCUGCAGUGACUGCAGCAGCAGCAACGAGGGCCCGUCGGUCACAGCUUCUGCAGAAGCAACAAUGGGCUGCUGCAGCAGCAGCACCACCACCAGUAGCAGCAGCUCCAGUCGCAGCAGCAGCUGCUGCUGCAGAAGCUGCAGCAGCUGCAGCAGCUGCUGCAGCGUUGAGCUGCGCUACAGUGGGGGGCCUGUGGUGAACGGCUUGUGCUGCAUCGAGCCGCUGCAGCCAGAGCAGCAGCAGAAGCAGCGGCCGCAGCAGCAGCAGUUGCUGCUGAGCACUAAUGACGGGGCGUUGCUUUCCGUGACAAGACACAACAACAAGAUCAGCAGCAGCAACAGCAGCAGCACCAGCAGCAACAGCGUGCAUGUAAAAGGGCUUCGUGCUGGCAGCAGCAGCUGCAUAUACACUCUAGCUGCUGGGGCUUCAUAUGCACUCAUAGACACCCCUACUGGUUUGUUUGGAUGGGGAAUUUGCUGCAAGGGUGAGCUGCUGCAGCAGCAUCAGCAGCAGCAGCAGCAGCAGCAGCAGCAGCAGCAGGUGGUGCAGUGGUGUCUGGUGCCUCGGCUGCUGCUGCCUGUGCGCUUGCGGCGGAGUGUUGCUGCAAUUUGCUGCAGCAAGGAGCACGUUGUUGCAGCAGCAGCAAACGGCUGCUGCUUCACCUGGGGCAGCAACAUGUGUGGGGAGUUAGGCAUAGGGAGGCCCAGCGGAGUGCAGCAGCAGCCGCAGCUGCUGCAGCUGCCGCACCCUGUUGUUGCAGUUGCUGCUGGAGAAGGAUUCACUCUUGCUGUUGCUGCUCCUGCUGCUCCUGCUGCUGCUGACGAUGCAACUGCUGCUGCUCCUGCUGCUACUGCUGCUGCUGGCUCUGUCUGGGCGUGGGGCCUCAACUGCUACGGGCAAUUGGGGCUGGGAGACACACGGCCCCGCUAUCUGCCGCAGCAAAUCCUGCAUGCAUCCUGCUGCAGCAGCAGCAGCAGCAGCAAGUGCAGCAGCAGCUGUUUGGCUGGGACUACAAGGGGGCUCCUUCCUCCAGUUGUGCAAGUUGCUGCAGGCAGUGGUUUUGCUGCGCUGCUGACGCAAAGUGGUUUGCUGCUGCUGCAAGGCUGCCCGCCCUCCAGGUGUACAGACACUCAGCAGCAGCAGGAGUACAGCAGCAGCAACUGGUGCAGCAGCAGCUGCUGCUGCUGCUCUCAGGAGGGCAGCAGCAGUUGCAGUGGGUUUCCGGCUGUUACCAGUUCCAUGACUAUCCCCACGGAGGUGGGGUUUGGAGUCUCCUUUCCUCUACGUUUCUCUCGCGUUGCAUGCGGGCCCUCCUCGUUAGUUGUUUUUGCUGCUGCUCAACUGCAGCAAGUGCAGCCGCAGCUGCUGCCGCUUGAAGGAGGCGGCAGGCUGUGGCUGAGUGUUAGCGGCCUUCCUAAGAUCCAGCAGCAGCAGCAGCAGCAGCAGGAAGAGCUGCUGCAGCGGCACGUCUGCUGCAGCUGCUGCUGCUGCGAUACAACUGGGCAGGCAGCAGCAGGAAACGAAAGAAUGCGGCAGCCAGCGCUGCUGCUGCUGCGGCUGCUGAACUCCCCAGACACCCCGCAGCAGGAUCAGCAGCAGCAACAACAGCAACAGCAGCAGCAGCAGCAGCAAGUUGAAGAGGUGGAGGUGGUGCUCAAGGGCUGGUUGGGGGCUGACGGAGAGGUUGUUUGCUGCUGCCCUGUACUUCGUGCAGCAAAGGAGACAGCAGACUUUAGCUGCUGCAGCGAGAUCUUAGCAGCAGAUCCUGCUGCUGCUGCAGCAGGGCUCGACAGUUCCCUCAACCAAAGAUGCUGCUGGGAGGAGGCAGCAGCUGCGCCGGGGGCUGCGGAUGCUGCUGCUGCAGCUGACGCUGCUGCUGAUGCUGCUGCUGAUGCUGCUGAUGAUGCUGCUGCUACAGAGGAAAGCGGCGAUGCGGCAGGGCAGCCACAGCAGCAGGAAGAAGUGCAAGAGCAGCAGCAGCAGCAACAGCAACACCUGCAGCAGCAGCUGCUGCAACACCAGCAGCUGCAGCAGCAGCAACAGCAGCAGCAGCACUGCACAGGUUGGGUCUUCUUUGGCGGUAACGCUGCUGAGCGUCUGCGGCGGAUAGCAGCAGCAAGCCGAGGCCUAAGAGCCUCACGCACUGCUGAUGCUGCUGCUGCUGCUGCUCCCGCUGCUACUGCUGCUGCUGCACCUGUAGAGCCCUGCAGCAGCUGCUCGGUGCUGCCGCUUGGCCGUGGGGGUCUCAUUAUCAAUCCCCGCAGCAGCAAACAGCUACGCCGCUGGCUGCAGCUGCAGCAGCAAACUACACCUGAUCGUGUCCUUUCAGCAGCCCUCCAGGUUAGGCCCUCAGUGUAG